CACAAUGGCGCCUUCAAGACUUCCUCUUCUUAUACUACUACUAAAAAGACAACUAUUUUUAUAUUUAUUUAUAUUAAUAAUUAUAUGUAAGUAAUAUUAAUUGUGUAUGAAAUUAACCCAACUUUGCAUUGCACUUAAAAAGAUUUUUUUUUUAAAUAAUUAAAAUUUUAGGUUUAAGUUUACGUUUUUCUGAAACUUUAGUACUAAAGACAAAAAGGCAAAGGCCAAGGCCAAGGCUCACCAAACUAAAAAAACAUGUUUUUUUUCAUCUUAACUUUUAAUAAUCUCCUUUUAGCAACUCAUGCCCUUACCUGCAACAUCCAAUUUCCCUUCUCUAUAGUCUUAGUAGUAUUGAGACUAUACUAUACUAUAUAAUGAUAAUUAAAAUUAUAAUCUUCAAUUUAUUUGUUCUUUACUAAUCUGUCACUAAUCUUUACUUUAUCAUUUAUCAAUCCCUGCCAUCUCCAUCCAGCUUGACUUCUCAUAACCUUUCACCUUUUAAUACUCUAGACCAGGGGUUGGGAACCUUUUUGUCUGAGAGAGCCAUGGACACCACAUAUUUUGAAAAGUAAUUCUGUCACAGCCAUGCCAUAUAUUAUUAAUGAGUUUAAAACUAAAAAUUAAAGUACUAAAUUUACUAAAGUAAAUGUGUGCAUUUUGUGUAAUUUCAACACUAAAGAAUCAAUAAUUAUGUCUCUUAAUUCUUUUUAAUAACUUUGUUAUGCUGUUGCUAAUCAAUAAUGAGUAUUUCUUACCAUCAAUUCUACUUUUUUUUUAUAAUCGAACAUUUGUCUGCGAGCCAGAUGCAGCCAUCAAUAGAGGUACAUCUGGCUCACGAGCCAUAGGUUCCCGACCUCUGCUCUAGACUAUAGCCAUAAUUAUAAUCUUCAAUUUAUUGGCCCUUUACCUAUCCCUACCAUCUCCAUCCCGCUUGACGUCUCGAAACCUUUCACAUGUACUUAUGAAUAGGCCUAGGCUAUUCUAGAGUAGUAAAAGGAUGAAAUAAAGAGUGGGUUAAUUCGCAGAAGAGAUGCUAUGUUUUUUUAUUUCCAAUGGCCGCCAUCUUGGUUGACGAGACCAGUUACUUCUGUCACUAAAUCUAAGUAAGGCUGCGGCUAUUUGGACCUGGGUCCGAGAAGUUAGAGUUUGGGCUUAUUAAAAAAUGUUUAAAAAUUUUUGUAGGGUUUUGUAAGACAAAAUUUGGUACCAAAUGAAAGAUAAUUGAAUGGACUAUAUGUUUGUAAACUUACUUCUUAAAAGUUUAACUAAAAUAAACUACUACAAAUGACAUCCAAAUAGCAUUUAGUCAAAAUGGAACCGGAAACACAUCACUGCUAUUCGGACCAGGGUCACUUUAGAGUCAAUGCUAUUCGGAUGCCAUUUGUGAUAGUUUAUUUUUGUUAAACUGAAGAAUUAAGUUUACAAACAUAUAGUCCAUUCAAUUAUCUUUCAUUUGAUUCCAAAUUUACAACCGAACAAUAUUUAAAAAAAAAAAAUUUAAUCCCAACCUCUCACUUCGUCUAAGUAAAUGUAUCCCUAAACCUAACCUGAGCCUGAAUUCUAAUUCACGGCAACUUUAAUAAACACCCAAAACACCCGUCGUGGCAUCCUAUCUUCCUUUUAGCCAAAGAGUGAUUUUGGUAGCCACUUACUUCAUGUUAGAUAAUGUUUAUUAAAAUGUUAUUAUUUAUGGACUUGAAGAACCCUAUGCCAUUUUAUCCUUAAAUUAAUUUAAUCUUAUUUUGAGGGGGAAAAAUGAGUUGUUUUUCCACCAGAAAGUUAGGGCCCUACAUGAUCUCUUGUCAUCAAGUUUUAAAAUAAAUGAUUUUCAAAUGUCACAGAACCUCCUAAUUACCCCUAUUUCUCUGGGUUUUUUUUUCAUUUUAACAGGUGGGCAAUCCAGUCAAGCAACUUUAAAGCAAGCUAACUGCUCUAUUGAAAAUCCACAAAUAUCUUUUAACAAUGACUCAAUUAUCUUACAAUACACAGCAUAUUUCAGUAAACCAAUGUCAAAUUACAAUAUGGUGUUUGCCAUAUUUGACAUUGUAACUCAUACAGAGACUGAGGUAAUUAUUAAUUAAUUGAUAUUCUUAAACUAAUGCUUUUUUGUGGAUAAAAUAGUGCAGGCACUGCCACUUUGUUGGGGGAGGGGGUGCUGGGGACAUAAAUUUAGGACACCAAUGACCCCAAAGCCAAAAGGGGGUGAAGUAAGGCAUUUUGUAAGUCCCUCCCAAAAAAUAUAUUCAUAAUACAUUUUGGCGCAAAUCCUGACUGAAUUUAUUUUUCCUCAUGCUGCACUUAUUUGGAAAGCAACAGAAGAGAUUCUAGUUGAAAUUUAGAUGUCCCCUGACCUGGUUGAGUUUUAAAAAUUCUUUAUUUUUAGUCGCUGCUAAAUGAUAAUGUUGUUUUUUUAAUUCUGGUAUAUCCAACAAAAUUUAAUUAAUAAGUAAAUAAUGUGCUCACUUGUGUUUGACAGUUUAAGUUAAUACCACACAAGAAUAAAUUAUUUUUAAUAUUGCAAUUCAUUGAUAAACUUACUAAUGGAAAUGAAUGAAUCAUUAAUGAUGACGUUUUUGACAUCAAAUUAAAUCUUAAAUAUGGAUCAACAGAGAAGCAUAUUUAAUAUUAUAGGGUAGACAGUAUACUGCUUGGUAGCGUUAUGGUGUCACUACUUCCUAUUCUCAGUAGAAUAUAGAGUUUGGAACAUACAUAUCAAGUGUGUUGGCGAAAUUGUUUUUAUUUUAAAUUUGUAAUAGUUUAAUUCAUUCACCUUUUCCAGGGUAAACUGCCAUACUUCAUUUAUAAUUGAAUACAAAAAAGGAUGUCUAAUGUUUUAUAGAAAACUAUAUAAGUCAUUGUUCCCUAGUGCAUCAUGAAUACCCUUCCGGAGAGUAAUUUAAAGAUCAUGGAGGAUUUUUAGUCUAUGAGACAGGAAAUAUUUUUGGGAUUUCUAAAAAGUGAGAGGGUGGGGGUUUUGGGGGGGGGGUGUUACAAAUAGAUGACAUAAGAUCACUUUUUCUAAAACUGGUAUUGUUUCAAUUAUUCCAAGUCUAAGCUAAUUUAUUUCAUUUAUUGUCGUUCUUGUAAGUUUAAUCCAAUAAUGUUGAAUCUUGAAGAUUAAAAAUGCUUCAAAGGCAGAGUGGAAUUUAGGGGCAGCAUGAAAACCUCAUUUUAUUUUAGAUGUUCAACACUGGGGGAAUGCUAGCAUUAAACUUUACAGGACAUUACACUUUACAGGAAUAGGCAUAAAAGUUUGGUAAAUACUGCUAGAACUAGAAGAGAUGUUGGCGAAAAUUAUUAUUUUAAAUUAAUUCAUGAGUUGAUAUAAUAUUUAAAUGGAUACUGGUACUAUUUAAAAGAGUAUUGCAACAGUAUUUUCACACCAUUUAUAUCACAAGACAUGUUUAAACACAUUUGUAAAAAAUCUUUAUAUGAGCAUUGAUCGUAUGCAUUGUAGAAAUUGAGUUUUUAAUAUAAUAUUUUUAACACUUUCAUUUUAUUCAAUAUACAUAUAAAUAUAUAUUUUUUAAUCAACAAUUUCUUUGCUAGAAAUAAAGACAUUUUAAAUUUUUCUAUGAAAGGUAUAAUGGAAAAAAAAAAAGGCUAACUUUAUUUUAUUAGCCAGAAUUAAAUAUAGGUAUUAGCCUGCAUGCUUAAAAUGAUUUUAGACAUUUCUUUAUAUUUAAAGGGAUAAAUAGCACUGCCUGUACCAUAGUGAUAACGGAAAACAGUUCAACAAAAGUUGUCAACAUUUUAAAAUUCAUGUGUCAUAAGACAGCCAAUUUAGGACAGUCAGAUAACACAACACUAUAAAAUUUGGUCCUAGUAGUCUUGAUGGAGAAUGUAACAGUUGAAGCUUUUUAAUACUGGUAUAUGAUGAUAGAGUAACAUUUAAUAAGUCUUAUGUUUAAAAAUUAUUGCUACAUUUUAUUAAAAUAUUACAUUUUAUUAUUAAUUAUAAUUUCGAAUUAUACACAAAUCUUCUGUUGCAGCGUAUUUCCCAGAAUCUCUUAUCUGAUUGCGAGGGAUCCAGCAAGGAAGUUUUCUCUUGUGAAAAAAUUGCAAAUAAUAAAGUCAAAUUCAGUUUGAUCUUAAAGCCUGAAAAAAAAUACAAAAAGGCAAAGGUGAAUAUUACAUUAAAAAUAGACAAGAAAGAAGAUUGCAUCAAUGACACAGAGCUUCCUGAGAAAUUUGGUAAAUGAUUGUUGUGUGCAUAAAAUGUUUAGUGUGUUAUAUAUUAUGUAUAUUAGAAUGUAUUCUUAAGAUUUAGUGGGAAUGGCUUCCCUUAUUUUUAGUGGAACAAUUUUUUUAAAAGCAUCACAGAUAUUUUGCUCUAGAAACUUUUUUAAUAAUGAACUUAACAAUAUUAUACAUUAAUAUAAAAAUAUUAAGCCAUUUUUAUUUUCAUUGAUAGAAAAACAUAUUAUUUUUUGGCAACUUCCACUUAAGAAGUAUAUUUAAAUAUUAGGUUUGGCGUAAAUUUAUACAUUUUUGUCAUCUCUGGAAUUUAAAUGAAAAAUUAUUUCCAAAUUUCAAAGAUCUUAUUACAUUGUUAAAUUACUUAACAAUGUAAAAAAAUAUAACAAAACAUUAACUAUUCAUUUUAUCAAAUGUCAUUUUAAAAAGAGUAAUUUAUAUUUUUCUUAUAUAAUUUAUUUUUUUAUUACAUAAUUGUGUUAAUAUCAGUUGCAAAGACAUAUAUUUGUAAUUAUUUAAUAAAAAGCUAUUUAUACUCAUUGGCUCAUAAUUCAGAAAUAAUUUUGAUCUUGAAAAUGUAUCUAUUUAUUUAUUUAUUUAGGCAUUUUUAUAUAGCGCUUACUAAGCGCUUUACAAUUAUUAAAAACAUGUAAACUAAGUAAAAUAAAUACUAUACUAUAGAAAAAAUUAAAAUGGCUAUUAAACGAGUAAACUUUGGCAUGUUUUGGCCUAUACUAGAGGAACAACCCGAGACAGAAAAUGAGGCAGGGCAAGGAGGGUGCAUCACAGGUCAUAGGCGAACCUAAACACAUGGUAAAACACCACCAUCACCAUGCAGGCAAUAUAUAGAUAAGCAAGAGUGUGGUUAAAUAAUGAGUUCACUAGCACGCAAAAUACAAUUCCCGAUAACUACGCUAAUAAUAAAUUUUUUUUAAAAUUGCGCAAUUGCGUUUGGUGCGUAAUAUUUUCUUUUCGGAAAUAAAGUCGUCUCAAUUUAAGUAUUGUGUAAAAAAUAGUGUCCCUGGUUGGGACAUGAGAAUAUUAAUAUAGUUCAUGGGAGUGAAAUAAAAAGUGUGCAGUGACGUAUCAUGGGGGAAGGGGUGUAGCAAAUAUUGGGAUUCUUAAAUGUGCGUUAGUUGAGUUCAUGUUUUGUGAAGUAUCUCUACUACAUGGGAACUUCACGUCACCAAUGUUUGGCAGGCUCUAUCAAGUUAAUAUUAUAAUGCUAUCAUUAAUAUUUCUCCUUUCCACUUCAUACAGAUAAUCCAGGAGUGUUGGUGGACAUAAGGGAAAACACCUGCUCUACUAAUGAUUUUAGAGCAAAUUUCAGAGAUAUGAAUGUAACGUUUGAGUUAGAAAAUGAAACCACAUCUACUUUCUGUUUGAUAGAGAUAACUAACAACAUGAUUAAAUUUUAUGAUGACGGCAGUCUACAUAUCAUAAUAAAAUAUGGAGAAUCUCAUAACAGCACAAGCAGUUUGCUACAUUCAGGUAAGGGAUAAUAAUAGUACUGGAGUGAAACUUUUUGUGAAAUUAAGCUAUUCAAAAAAUAGUUUCUCUGUCUUUAAUACACCCAUAAUAUGAAUAAAUAGAUAGAUAGACGCUCAGAUAGAUAUAUUCCCAUUAGAAUAGCACCCAGGCAGAGAUAUUCCUUUAAGAAAAAGUUCAAAAGUUUUAAUGCAGAAAGCGCAUUCAAUGAUUUUCAAAAAUAUUUAGCUCGCGUGUCGCUCAAUUUAUUUCGUUUCCGUAAAAAGGAAAAGGAAUUGGAACUAUUCUACUUUCAUACUAUACUUACUCACUUACUUACUCAUGCCUUUCUACCCCAUCUGGGGCAUAGGCCGUCUACAAGAACUUUCCACUCAUCACGGUCCCGUGCUUUCCUUUCCAAUUGCUUCCAGGUGUAUCCCAUAUUUUGCCUGUCAGCAUCUAGCUCGCUUCUCCAUGUAUUCUUAGGCCUUCCUCUCUUUGUUUUUCCCUGUGGAUUCCAUGUUAGGAAUUGUCUGGUGGUGCUAUCUGAGAGGUUUUCGGAUCGUGUGCCCUAUCCAUCUCCACCUUUUCUUUAUAAUAUCUUCAUCAAUGGGCACCUGGUGUGUCUUUUCUAGUAGAUCUUUGUUAUUGAUAGUAUUUGGCCAUUUCAUUUUCAGGAUCUUUCUAAGGCAUGUGUUUAUGAAUGUCUGCACUUUCUGCAUAAGGCUCACUGUUGUUUUCCAAGUUUCUGCACCAUAUAUUAGGACUGUUUUGACAUUUGUAUUAAAGAUUCUGACUUUGGUUUGCAGUUUCAGCUCCUUCGACUCCCAUAUUUUCUUAAAUAGCACAAAUGCCAAUCUAGCUUUUCUGAUUCAGGCCCUUACGUCUGCAUCGAAUCCGCCAUUUGUGUCUAUUGUGCUGCCUUAAGUAUGUGAAGGACUCCACUUCUUCCAGUGCCUUUCCUGCCAGAUAGAUAUGCUAAUGGUUGGAUGGGUUCACCCUCAUGAUUUUUGUCUUGCUUUUAUUUAUAUUGAGACAAAGCUGUGCUGAAAAGGUGGCUACGUCUUUUGUCUCAUACUAUAGCUGGUUUAUUAUUUUAUACCGUUUUUCUGGUCCAAUACAUCAUUUAUUUGGUAUGUGUAUAUAGCCGAUGAUGGCGGGCGAUAGGGUAUAAACGCUAGCGGGCGAUGGCGGGGGAUACGGGAAGUUACUUGCUAACCAUUAAUUUCCCAUUGGCUUGACCACAAAACAUUCAUAUUAUCCCAACGUAAGGGUAAUAACUCUAAAUUACAAAUUGAGUUCUUUUACAAAGAUUAACGCAUCUCGCCAAUUUAAAACCCAUUUAAUGUGUAAAAAAUUUAUUAUGUAGAGAAUUGAAUAAUCUAUCAGAUAAUACCAAAUAUGUAUGGGUGUACUAAAAAUGUACAUAAAAAAAAAAUUAAAAUCUUAUUGAAUAUGAAAAAAAUUCUAUUUGACAGGACAAUUUCUGGACAUUUAUCGAUAAAUAAAAACCUUAGUUUAGCUUAGCUUGGAACUGAGCAAAACAAAGCUGUUACACAACACACACCCAAAAACAGUGUUUUGUUCGAGUCAGUGCGAAUGUUUUUCUGCCAACGCUGAAAACAUUGUUUUUUGCGCCCUGGGAGUCGAAUUCUGCGAUGUUCUGAAGAAUUUCCAGGAAUAGCCAAACCACCAACAUCAGGGACCUCUGCCUGUCGUCUUUUCCUUAAAGAACCCUUCAUGAGGCUGCGAGCAAUGUCCAAAUGGAAAUUCAAGUGCAACACUGGCUUUGAUUUUGGGGGACGUGGCAUAUUUUUGUAUAAAAUAAACGCAUUCAACGCCACCGCCUCAACCAAAAACCACAAACAGCAUCUCCACCACUUGUGGCUUUUUCUGCCAAUAGGGUAAUAUGAUCUUAGCUGAUCAUGUCUGUCCACCCCACCCAUAUUAGCAUUGUAGAUAAGUACAGACUGGGGGAACUGUUUAUCAAUAGGGCCAUCUUUUGUACGGCGUGAUGCAGUGCCUAGUGUAGGCGAUGCGUUGGUCCAAAUCAUGGAGAUGGCACGUUUGUCCCUCCACCAACAUGCAACCAGACGCCCUAUUUGCCUCAUCUCACAUUGGUUUUUGUUGAUUAUCCCUUUUAGGUCAUUCGGCCAGUGUCUCCUGUUUUGUCGAGUUUUUGCACAUGAAUAAGUGCCACUUGAUAACAAAUCAUAUGCUAACUGCACGGACGAACAAAAAUUGUCAAAAUAAAAAUGAUGGUUUUUAUUUAGAUAUCUGUUGCCUAAUUUUUAGAUGACAUUUUAGCCUAGUCUAUUGGGCUUAAUGGUGUCGGAUUUCAAUGUAUAGAAAUCAAAGUCUAAAAGGAAUGAUGUGGCCGAGUCACAGCAGCACCAGACUUUGACACCCCAUAAGUGGGGCUUUCCUUUGAUAUGUUGUAUAAAAGACAGUCUGCCUCUGAAUGUAAUCAUAGCUUCAUCAAAAGCUAUAGCAGCUCCAGGUCUGUAUAAUGUAUUUCAGGCAUCUUUUACAGCUGUGAUAAUUGGUCUGAUUUUCUACAUGGGAUCGUACCCAUCUUGGCCUUUCAGGAUAUAAAACCUGCUGUCAGCCAGGUGAAAGUAUCGAGAAAUUUCUUGAUACCAGUAUCUAUUUCUUGAUAUCUAUUUCUGGAUAUAACAUUAGCCACAGUGGAUACUUUUAACAGAGGAUCUGUUGACCAGUACAUAGGGUAUGCUGGUAGUUUGUGCACACCAAACAUCAUAUUGAUGUAUAUAAAUGUUUGAAUGUCUCUGACAGUGACAGGAGUGAAAUUGUGAGCAUUCCUGGGGGCAGCAUACAAAUUGGUCUGGUCGGAAAUCAUUUGUAUUAUUUAAUCAGGAAAAAAUAGUUUAAAUAAUUCCAAUGGCUGAGACUGAUGAUCAAUAUUCAUAUUUACAAUAUUAGGCCCAACACCUGAUGUAAACAUAGCGUAGCACUCCAAGGAAAAGGAGUAGUAGUAGUAGCUUCACUAUCAUUAUCCUCGUCAGAGCUCUCACUCUCAUUUUCAAUAUUGCUACCACUACCAAAAACACUUUUAUCAGGAGUUUCGCCAAAUCCAUUUUCAAUGUCACGUUCAUUUGAAUCACUAUUGCUAUCAGUUUCAUUACAAUUAUUGGAAACCAAACUUUCUAAAAAUCGGAAUGCCAUGCUUUAAUGAAUAUCUGGAUGAAAGCGAUAAGGGAUCGUCCAGCUGAGAACCUUCCCUAUUUGCAAAAACUAGCAAAUAAACAACUCCCCCUUCAGAGUUUACAUAUUCUAAUGCGAAUUGGAGUGAUUCUGGGAGUUAUUUUAUUAAAAAAAACUUAAUUUCUAAGUAAUUAUAUUGUGCGUUCUUCCUUCUACUUCUAGAUUUAGAACACACUACUAGUUCAGAAACUUUACCCAGUGUGAUUAUUGAAGUUGUGUGCUUUGUUAGCUUACUUUUGGCAUUUCUUCUGGGCUGGUAUGCUCUCUGCUGGUUUAUAUGCAGGUAAGUUUUCGUUCUGUGUAAUUAAUUGAUGAUCCAAUGUUCAAUGCUGCAAAUGUUUUCAAAAUGGUUGGAAAAAGAAACAAUAACUAUAUUAUAGUCCAAACAGUUAUAAUUAAUUAAUAAUAGUUAUUUAAAUCUUUAAUAAUCUUUUAAAAUAUUUAUUUCACAUUGAUAUAUGUUACUUGUUUUAAAAUCUGUAAAGGAAAAAAGCAAGCGUUUAAAAAGCUUGGAUUAAUUAUUUUCUAGCAGGCUCUGUAUAUUUAACUAAACAGAAAUUCUAACUUUUGCAAAGGAGUUAUGCAAAAGAUUUUAAGAACUCUGCUCCAACAUAAAUUUACCAACACCCUACACAGAAAGUAUAGAGCAAUACAGUGGAAUCAUCAAAUUAUUUUUUCUACCUACAAUAAAAAUUCAUCACCAAAACAUAGAAACUUUCCUUUUAGGUUUUUUUUUUUGGUGAAACUUAUGAAAUUUGGAAAUAGAGAGAUGACUGAAAUGCAAGUUCACUGAAGUUUCAUCAUCUUUUUUUAUGUGUUUUAUAGAAGAAUUAUGUGCUCAGAUUUCUAAAGAGCUGUUGCAAUGCUUCUUACCCACUUACAAAGUUAAGUAAUAAUCCUCCUAGUUGUUUAGAUUCACUCUGCAAGAUCCCACUUAAUCCCAAUUCUAAGAAGUCAUGAUGAAGCUAAAAAUGUCAGGCCCCUGGUUCCCAGAUAAUUAAAGAAAUCUGUCAAAAAAUUGUCUAUGUUUUAGCUAUACUAGUAACAUUAAAUAUAUGUGUCAGGAGAUGGAUACCAUGUAGUGAAAAUGUUGCCUCAUUUCUGUAAUGUGGUAUUAAAAAUCCAGCCCUACUCCCUCUCACCAUGAUAUCAAGAAUACUUCAUGAAUUCUUGGAUGUUGAAUUAUUUAAUUAUUAUAAGUUAAAUGUUAUUAGAUAAGAAGCAUUCAAAGAAAAGUUUUUUUUUUUUAUUUUGGUUAUUAUUUUGUUUCUGCAAAUACAAAUUUUGUAUAAAAAUUUUUUUUUAACAUAAUUAGUCGCAUUUUAUACGAAAUUUUUAUUAACUCAUUGUCAAGUUUAUUUAUUUUUUUUUAAAGAAAAACUUUGAUGCUGUGUAUGUACUGGUACAGUUUCAUUAAUGUACCUAUAAUGAUACAACCAGAAAAUUGCAAGUAAGUAGCCUACAGAUUGGCAUUUAUGAGUUUACUAUGUUUUUAAUAUUUUAAAUGCAUUUUUUAAAGAAAAACAGCAGCAUUCCUUAAUGAUACCAUAGAAACUUUAUUUACAUUUCAUAUUUCCUAAAUUGAUAGUUUCAUUACAAUUUUUUUUUCUACAAAUAAAGGAUAAAAUAUAAGGGACUGGAUGUAAGCCUUGUGAAGUAAAUACAAAGGAGAUAAUAUAUGUUGAGGCUAUCCACCAUGGCUUUUAUUUCUUACACAAAUUACACACCAGUGAGAUUUUUGGCAUCAUAUCACCAUAUGGAAUCAAUCAAAUACACUUUUACUAGUGGUCCUCAAUUUCCCUCCUUUUCUUUUAUCUUGGCUUUUUUUUGGUUUAAAAUUUAAAGUUUACACUUACAAAUUCUUACCUUGAUUAGUAUCACAGAAAGCUUAUGUUUCUAAGCAAAGAGUUACAUUCAGAUCUUUGAACAAAUUCCUUUUUUUAUUUCUUAUUGUUUGUUGUAUCUUAGUUUUGUCAUGUCAGCUGAAAAAGAUAUUUAGCCAAAACCUUCUCUGUAACUGUUUUGCCCUGUCUUUUCUUUUAAAAAAAACCCAAACAUUUUUUUUUUACAAGCUUCAAAGAAAUUUUUUUUACAUAUAAUAUUCCCUAAAAAGAUAAUUUCAUCACAAUAAUUUCCUUUUACAGGAAUGACAGUGAAAUGGUGCCUUUGAUGUCACAAACAGGUUUGUAAUUUCAAUUUAAUUAUUUUUUAAUUUUGCUUAAAGUACACAAACUAUAGCAUUGAGAGUUGGACCCCACUCAGAAGAGGCUGCAUUAACUUAUAUUAUAAUAAAGCUCUGUCAAAAUCAUAAUUUAUUAAUGAAAUUGAUCAUAACAUGUGUAAAAUUCAAGAACUAUAACCACUAAAUUUUUAAUCCUUGGUCCUUUAACUGAAUAUACAUUAUAAAAAUUGAAAUUAUGGCACUCAACUCCAAAAGGCCUUGAUUUUAAAUUUCCAGUCCUGUUGCAAAUUUCUGUUCAUGUCAGCUGUUAAAUGACUCUGUUUUAGUAUAGGGAUAACUCUUGUCACAGAAGCAGCAUUAACACCAGGUUUAAUAUUUCAUAUUAAAUUAAAUAUAUAAAUGAAUCAUUAAUUCAUUUAAAAAAAUCAAGUAUUAUAAAACACAAGCCAAAACACAAACUGAUUGAACGAAAUCCUUAACAUAACCACCAUCAGUAGUCAAAGUUUGAUGAUGAAGUUUAUGUUUUACUUCCUUUAGUAAAAAUCAAUAAAAUCACAUAAAGGCCUUUUAAUUUAGAUAUUUUUUAUUAUGUAUGCAUUACGAAAUAUCUUUAAUAUUAUAGAAACUUUUUUUAAAAAACUUAAUAAAAAAUUAGAUCCUGAAUUCAAAAUAAUUUAACUUUCAGAAAGUUUCAGAAAAUUCUAGAAUUUUCAUUUAAAAAACAAACUGUACUGGUAAUUUGUCAAAAUAUUAUAAAAACAUAUGCAAACAAACAAAGCUUUCCAUGAGAUUGUAAAGUUUUACAGAACUUUGUAGAAGUUUCAGCAAUCUCAAUUAAUGAAAUUUGAAAAAAAAAUCAAUUAAUUUAUUAAAGACUUCUAAGUUUUAGAACAUUGUUUUUUUUUAACCAAUGUGUCCCACAGCACCUGGGGUUAUACCAACAAUAUCUUCAGGGUGCUGUAAAUAAUUCCUGAUAAAGUGUUCAGAUAUAACACAUUUAGUUAUUUGAAGUUCUUGUUCACUAACUUUCCUAAUGUCUUUACUAAAAUACUUCAACUCAUAACAUGGUUUUGAAAAAAGAAGUACCUGAUGCAGAGAUCAAUAGUAUCCUCCAAGUCUCAAAAUAUACAUUCUGUGGGAAGGAUGAUAUGUCACCAGUUACAAAGAUGUUUAAAUCAGAAACAUAGUAGAGAAACUGAGAUACUUAACUGAAAAAUGUUGAAAGAAACAAAAAAAAAUCUAAUAUAUUCUUAAAAAUAAAAAUUUAAAAUUCUGAUAUAAUGCAUGAGCUAUGAGAAGAUAGUGUAGCUUCCAGUCUGCUCCUACUCCUUGAUGGCUGUUUGUUUGGUAUUCACCUUUUAAUGUUUGUUUUUUUUUUAAAAUACAUUUCUCUAGAAGUCCUUCAUUUCAAUAUCUUUUUUCAAUUUUGGUUGAUUAGUGUCAUUAGUUGUAAUUUUAAUUUUAAUGCAUUGUAAUAUUAAAAUGUAUUUUAAUCUAAAUAUUUACUCUAUCAUAAAAUUACUAUGCCAUGUUUUUAUCCCAGCUGAAGAUAUAAAUGUGUAAACACAAGACGUUGACACAUGGAAGUCUAUAAGUAAAAUUAAUGGAUUUUUUAAGAUUCUUUAACCAGACUCUCUAAAUAGCUUGUAUAUCAUUAAUUAAUAUUUUUACCUAUUCAGCUGUCAUAUUUGAGAUAUUGUCAUGACAUAAUAUGUGAUAGCAUGUCUUUACAUUUACAGUUGACCCAUUUAAUAGUAGAGAUGAACUGGGAGCUCCAUCCCAAGACAUAAUUAUUGACAUUGAAGGCAAACUAGGUAAAUCUAUCUUUUUAUACCAAUAGAUUUUGGUAGAUUCUAUAUCAAAUUUUGACUUUUAUGUAUCUUUCUCUUUCUCCCUCCCACUUCUCUCUAUUUAUAUAUAGAGAGAUAGAGAUAUAGAGGUAUAGAGAGAGGGAGAGAUUAUCUAAAAGAUGUCAAUUAUGUUGAUAUUUUUUCUCUAUUGCAAAACUUUACAAACUACAUGUUGUGACACAUUAUUGUAACAGUUGCAAUUUUUAAGUGUGUUUUGUAAACGUAAUGUGAGACUUAUGAGUCUAUAUGAAAAAGCAAUAACAACAUGCAUUAAAUUAAAGAUAGUCCUACAAUCUUGAAAAUAUUUUUCGUUUUAAAUCAUAUUAUAUUUUCAAAGAUAUAAAUGAAAUUUUGUAAAUAUCUGUUUUAAGGGUUAAGUUUAAAGCUCAGAAUGAUAGUAAAACUGAAAUACUUUGUUGUGAAAAGACAUACCUAAAGAGUGUCACCCACAUGAAAUUUAUGAAAAUAUAUGGUGCAAAGAUUAUUGGAUUUACAAAGUAGCAAUGACAGAAAAUCUGAAAAAUUCACAUACAUGCACACGCACAUAGGUAGUUUAUCUAAUUUAAAAAAAGUAAAUAAACAAAAUAAUUCUUAAUUUUUCUUCCAAAUCACAAAUUUUAUUACAAUUAAAAUAGGUACAAAUACGGUUAUUUCUUAAUUAUGGUAAACUAUUAAAAAACAUAUUCCCUUAUGUUUGUUUAGCCUGAACUAUUUCUAAAAAGGGUGCAAAAUCGAUGCUCCAAUAUUAUACACAUUUCUUUAAUCUUUAAUCAAAUUAGAUAUUUCCUUUGUUUAUGGAUUCUCAUGUGGUUAAUGGGAUCUUUUUAGUGUUAAUUUCAUGUGAACUGAACAGUUGGCUAAGCACAAUGCUUCAUAUUUUGCAUUGCCAUUUCAAACUUUAUUCCAUUUUUGGAGGUUAUCCCAGAAAAGAUAAAAGGUUAUCCACACAUUUUCUUUGCUUGUGUAUUUUACAGGGCAUCUGUUACGCCUUUCAAACACCUGAUAAACUCAAGUGUGCUGAUAACAAAUGACUUUUAAACAGUUAUUCUUCUACUCAUGAUGUUAGUUUCCCGGGUUAAAGGAAUUGACUUUAUGAAAUGUGAUUCAAUAAUCAGCAAUAAUCAGAGAUUUAUUAUUAAUUAAAAAACAGUUGAUUGAUAUUUGAUUCUAUUAGACUACCAAUUCUUAUACCAGUAUUCACAAUAAACAGGUCCUACUGUAUAUAUAAAUGUACAUUUUCAAUGAAUCUAAAGCUUUUAUAAUAAAUACUUGUUCAUAAUCAGAUUUUGAUGAAGGGAAUAAGUUAUUUGACCAUCCUUCAAUUUAUGGCUCAUACAUUUUAUUCAGACAUAUUUCAAUUUUUUCCUUUUUAUAAUUGUACUGCUGUCUUAUAACAAACAACUUGAAGUUACUUUAAAUGCGUGUUUUUUUAAAUGUAUUUCACUGAAGUGUUGUUUCUUUCCUUUUGAUCAUAUCCACCUCGUUUGUUGACCAGAGAUAUCUUUAGUCACACAUUUUUUCAGUUUUAGUAUAUAAUGUAUUUUAAUUUAAUUAGCAUAAAUUUAAAUUAUUAUUGUAUUUAUCUUAGAUGACACGCCACAAGCAACUGAAGACAUUGAAGAUUCCACAGGUAAAUAUAAUCUUUGCUUGAAAACAAUGGAUUUUCAAGUUUCUGAAACCAAACCUACUAUCAACAGCAUGUAUCAUGAUCAUGUAUAUUCUCUGCAGAUAAUUUUAGCUUUUAAUCAGUCAUUUAUCAUAUAAAGCCCAGUGUGUCUGUUUGUUUGUAUGUAAUUUAUGCAUUUUAAUCAGUUACUUUAAAACAAUGAAAUCUAACAAUGGAUCGCAAGCAAAUUUGACAUGGUCAUACCUCCUGACUUUUGCAUGGUUCCUGGAAAGUUUAGUAACAAUCCCCUUAUUCCAAAAGCUGUAAUUUAAAAAAUAGUAAACUAUAGAGAUAAAUGCUAAAAAAUAAUAUUUUUUUAAUAGCUUAACAAAGCUUCUUUAUAGAAGUCUGGGACUUUUAAGAUAAGUUAUUUUUAUGCUUUUUAGUACCCAUAAAUGAAUAGUUUGAAUGUGCUUUAAAAGAUACAUCUAAAGAACACAUUUUUAAAGAUGUGUGUAGGAAGCAUUCUCUGGAGUUUACUCCAGUGAGAUUAAGUCACAGGUAUGUUUGGUUAGUAGACAUAUUUUUAAUAAAGUCUAUGUUCACAGAACAGUGCUCUUUGAAAUAAAUAUUUGAAAUAAUAUUUUUGAUCAAAAGAUAAUUUAUUUUUUGUUAAGAAACUGUAGUUGAUUCUGUGGUAAAGAGGUGUUUACUUUAGAUUAGAAUCAUUACAUAGUUCAGGGGAAUGCCUAAAGGCUGCUUUUCCAUUACCAGUUCUAUGGGUUUAUCAGCCUGUGAGUUUUUUCGUUAAUUAUCAUAACAAACUUUAUAUUAUACAAUAUUAUUAUUAUUAGAUAAUAUACAAGUUUUUGCUGGGGUUUGUAUUUGAAAAAUAAUAUUUUAAAGCGUUAUCAGAGUACAAAUAAAUUUACGGUCUUUUCUAAAACCCUUUGUGAUUUAUUAAAAUCACUAUUCACUGACCUAACAAAUGCUAUUAUUUGGCCCUUUCAAACAUCACAAUUUAAUCCCAUGUUGCAGUUUUUUUUUAACUAUGCGCCUAUUGAAAAUGUUCAUAUAAUUUUGGAAGUUUAAAUAAAGUUAGACUUGCAUUUCUCAACCUGAUUUAACUCAUGGCCCUUUUUUUAACAGUUUAUUUAAUACAUUUCAGACAGCAUCUCUUCUGCAAAUGAAAGUCAAGAUCUUUUGUCAAUUCUCAAAUUUCAUGAUAACAAUGGUAAGCGUAAUGUUUAAUGCACAUGAUGAGUUUCCUGAAUAAUCAUUUCUGAAUUAUAUAACAAGUUAUAGUCAGUUUUGCAGUUUUCACUUGCAGAAAACAAUACGUUUGUAAGAUUAUUGUACACAUUGAAGUACUCAUAAAUUUUUUUUUUAAAUACAGAGAUUCCCAUUUUAUGAUUUAAAGCACAUGUUUUCCAAAUAUUUUAAAUUAAUAAAUUUUAAAUAUAUGUGUCAUUCUAAAAAUAAUUGUGUAAGAAGUUCCUAUUUCAUAUAUCAGUACUUUAAAGCUUUUAUGAUUUAAUACCUUUAAUUUCUUCUGUUAAGACUUCACCCAAAAAAUUCUUUUUAUGUAAAUACUGUAAAAAAACAACAACUGAUGACUGCUUAGUAGUAUAUCUAAUGAUAUGCCUUCUUUAAUUAAAGUGAAGAAAAUUGACUUUUAAACUGUUACAAUUAAGUUAGAGAUUCUGAUACCAAAAAAUAAAUAAAUAGAAGAACAAAAACAACAUUGAAAGUAAGCUGAACACAAGUGUACUAGAUUGUCAGAAUUCCAUAUAAAUUGACAUUUAUUAAUUUAAGAAGUAUUUAUUUCUGAAAAUAAUUAUUCUCCUCCUACAGACCUUUCAAAAAGUGGUGCUACCAAUAGAAUCAUGGAAGAAGAGGGCAAUGACUUGUCAAGAGUUACUGAAUGUGAUAAAACUAUUGAUCUUUCACAAGGUAUGAUGUUCUUCUUUAAUAUGUUAAUAUGAGCAUUAACAACUUAUGAUGCUGAGGGCUAAUGUGAUUGUUGUUUUGUUUUGUCUUUUACUGUGUGCUUCAAACUUUCUUUCCUGACAUAGAAAAGCACAAUUUUAAUAAGGCAAUAAGAAUUUUAUGGUAGAUGUAAGCAAAAUGUAUAUCACAAAAGUGGAUAAAAAAAAUUAUUGCACUUUGAAUAUCAUAAUUUUACAUUUUAAAAAUUUUAAACUUAUCGUUUGCUUGACUUAAAUGUGUUAUUAAAUAAUAAGUUCUUAUAGGGAUAAGGCAGCACUUACUUUUUUUAAACACCCCCCCACAGAACCCAAAUCACAAAGAAAAAUAAACACAUUUGUGAGGUUAAAAUUUUAAUAAUGGUAUAUGAACAAAGUCCCAAACUUUGAUAUUCCAAAUGAUAGAUGGAUAAGAAGGUAUGUACCAGAUCAUGGUGACAGAAAGAGAUACAUAUAUAGAUAUAUCAAUGAAACAACAAACAUUGCAAUCCAUUAAAUUUUGAAGUAAACAUGGUGUAUUUAAAAAAGAAAACCAAAUCAUGAGUGUUUACAAUGACCCCAACAACUCACUUUAUUUUUUGACUGUAAAAACAAAAACAAGACAAAAAUCAACUUAAAAGAUGUAUUAUUCAUUGCUUUUAUAUCGUUUUUAAUCUACCAGUUUAGGUAUAUUUUAUGUCUUUUAUAACAGGCUUUUUCUUUUUAAACAAAUCAACUUGAAUGCCUAAAAUUAUGUUUAAAAUUUAUUUUAACAAUUAAAGCACAAAAAUUAAAAAAUGUUUUUUGACAUUGUUUAUCUUCUGCAGUCAAUUCAAUAAAAGCCACAUCAUGAUGUUGUUAUGUUAUAAAAUACAUUUUACUUUUUAUAAAUACUUUACCCCAUUUCUUCUUAUUUCUUUUUCCGUAGUGCCCAUCCAAGGUCCUUCUACAGAAGAGUUAAGACUCAGAAAAAUUGAAUGUAAAGGUAAAUAUAGUGCUGUUCUUUGAAGUAAAUUCUCCUAAUAAAAUGAUAGUUUUUAAGCAGCAAUAAAAUUUGUAUCGUUUAUUUACAGUUAAAAAAUAAUACUUUGUAAACCCUUAUUUUUUCAUUUGCACCAGAUAGACUCAACAUACAACUUAAUAAAACUAUCUCAAAAUAUUCUAUAUGAUUCAUUGCUUCUUUUUUUUUUUUAAAUAAAAGAUUGAAAUAAUAUUUUUACAAAAACAAUUAAAAAUGUAUAUUUCUUUAUAACAAAAAUCAUCCAUUGGUGGUUAAUCCUUUAUUACCUGGUCGUUAAAGCAUCAAAAUUUUUUUGCUUGAAAUUUCAUAAUAAUGCACAUUACUUAUUUAACUUAUACAAUUUGUUCUUCAGUCAAAAUCCCACCACAUGCAAAAAUAAAAGAGCUUGUAAUAAAAUAUUCAGGUAAUUAGAUAUUGAAUUAAAAAAUAACAGUAUUUCUUUUAUUUCUGUUUAUUAACAUUUCAUUUAAUUAUAAAUGUUUUGAUAAAAAAUAACUUAAACUCAUAACAUAAUUUUAAAAAAAUAAAUAAAUAAAAUAUUAAUUGUAAUAAAUUAAUGUUAACCCUUUAAAAAUGUGAACAGUGUAAGUUACAUCCCCACAAGACAACUACGCUCUUCCAUUGACAUUAGAACCCUCUCAAUCCCAAGAACGAAAACUAAGACCAUCGGUGAAUGCUCCAUCUACUUUCAUGGGCCCACGUUCUGGAACCAGCUCCCCUUCCAUAUCCGUCAUUGUGAAACCUCGUCCAUUUUUAAAAGUCCCUUAAAACCCAUCUGUUUAGGUCCGCCUAUGAUCUGUGAUGCACCCUCCUUGCCCUGCCUCAUUUUCUGUCUCGGGUUGAUCCUGUAUUAUAGGCCAAAACGUGCCAAAGUGUCCUCGUUUUAUAGCCAUUUUAAUUGUUUCUAUAGUAUAGUAGUUACUAUCCUAGUGUCUCAUUUUUUAUUUUACUUAGUUUACAUGUUUUUAAUAAUUGUAAAGCGCUUAGAGCUUUAUGGUAAGCGCUAUAUAAAAAAUGCCUAAAUAAAUAAAUAAAUAUAGCGAAAUGACUUUAUUUCAUUAGUAACUUAAUAAAUAGCAAUUUUUAAAGAAAAGAAGUUUGUUUAUAGCAGAAAGACACAGAAAUAGUUAGUUGUAAUGAAUUUCAGCAGACUAUACAUUCCUAUGUGUCUUAAACUACUUCUAGUACUAAUAGUGUUUAUAAAUGCUCAAUUUUGUUUUAACAGAUAAUCUUGCAACCUGUGAUCCUCAUUUAAAAACAAUAAUUUUGAAAGGGACAGAUGAAAACAUCAAAGUUUCUGAAGGUACUCAACGUCUCAUAUCUUUUGCAUACCUUUCCAUAUCUUGCUAUCUUUCCCAACCCUUUCCUGCUCUUUCUGAUCUUAAGCACAUCCUUCUCUACCUCUUUAUAACAGUUUUUUGUUUACCAGUCCCAUUCUCUUAUCAUUGAGGAUCUAUAUUAGUGCAUACCUAGUUUAUUUUGAAUUGGUUUUAUCAAAAGACAAUGCCAUUUCCACCUUCACUUCUAUUAAAUAAAUUGCAUUUUUUAAUUUUAUGGCCCCAUUCCUUGGCUAUAAACAAUUAACAUAUAAUAAUUUUUUGUUUAUAUGUAAUAAAAUACAUAUUUCUUUUUGUCUUAUAAUACAAAAAGUAUUUCAUAUUUAUAUUUAUUAUUAAUUUUCUAUUCUGUCAUGGGAACAUUUUUAAUAAUAUUUAAAGAUAUCUAAAGAUAUUUUAGAACAUUAUUAAACUAGUUUCUCCUAAAACAUCUAGACUAAAGUAUUGAUAUUGUAGCAAUAUUUUCAAAUGAUUUAGUUUACUUUUGGUUUUUAUCAAUAAAGUAUUAUAGUCCGUGUGUCUGUUUAAACUAGUUAAUAUAACCUAGUCUUUUCUGUUUGAGUGUAUCAAAAGAUCUUGACAUAAGGUUUAAUAGAGGACUUUCAUGUGUCAAGAGUGACAAUCAGUACUAUAAUUAAACGUUUCGACUAACAUGUUUUGAUGUAAUUCUAGAAAACUAUUGUUGAAUAUUUAUGUGGUCUCUCCGGCAGAUGUUCUCUCGCCCACAGAUGUUCUUGUGAGACCUGGAACAGAAC